CCACAGGCUUCCCAGGCAGGGAUGGGUUAACAGGAGAUCAGCCAGCAUGGUGGUGGUGACCCAUCUGGCCCUGGAGCUCCGUUUUCAGGGGAACAAGCUGAGGGGCUUCACGUGCAGACUGACCCGCCUGGCCCAAGGCUUCCUGCCAGAGACCUCGUGGAUUAUUGUGGCACAGGUCCUGCUGCCGUACCUGGUGUCCGGCCUUGGCAUGGUAGCAGCGGGGAUUGUCAUGGAUAUUGUGCAACACUGGGACGUGUUCAGACAAAUCUCCGAGGUGUUUAUCUUGGUGCCGGCCCUCGUGGGGCUGAAGGGGAAUCUGGAGAUGACGUUGGCGUCCAGACUGUCGACAGCAGCCAACACGGGGCAGAUGGAUGAGCCUCAGCAGCAGUGGAGGAUGGUUGUGUGUAAUCUGGCUCUGAUUCAGGCCCAGGCCACAGUGGUGGGCUUCCUGGCAGCCGUGGCAGCCGUGGGUCUGGGGGGUCUGACCCGGGGUCGAGUGGACGUGGUCGAAGCUGCGGUUCUGUGCGCCAGCAGCGUCACCACCGCCUUCAUCGCCGCUCUGUCUCUAGGUCUGGUGAUGGUGGCGGUGAUCAUCGGCUCUAGGAGAGUGGGCGUCAACCCCGACAACGUGGCCACGCCCAUCGCCGCAAGCCUCGGUGAUCUCAUCACCCUGUCUUUGCUCGCUGGGGUCAGCAGCCUCUUCUUCUUUUACAGAGACAUGUGGUACCUGCCUCCUGUGGUGUGUGGAUUCUUCCUUCUCCUCAUUCCGGCCUGGGUCGCCAUCGCACGCCGCUCUCCACCAAUCAGAGAGGUGCUGAGGUCCGGCUGGCAGCCAGUCAUCUUGGCCAUGUCUAUCAGCAGUAUCGGGGGUUUGAUUUUGGAUAAGACAGUGAGUAAUCCAAACUUCGAGGGUAUGGCAGUGUUCACUCCAGUCAUCAACGGUGUGGGGGGAAACCUGGUGGCCAUCCAGGCCAGUAGGAUGUCCACGUACCUGCACUACUGGAGCGUCCCUGGAGCUCUGCCGCUGAAAAUGGGUGUGAACUGUCCAGGACCAUGUGAUAACUUCUGUUCCUCAGAUGGGAACUCCAGGUCGGCCCGAGUCCUGGUCAUCCUGGUCGUCCCCGGUCACCUCCUCUUCUUGUACACCAUCCACCUCCUGCAGGGAGGACACACUGCCAUGACCCCUGUCUUCAUCACCUGUUACCUGUCUGCAGCUCUGCUUCAGGUGGUGAUCCUGCUCUACGUUGCCACCCUGAUGGUGCGCUGGCUGUGGAGGCGGGGCUUGGACCCAGACAACUUCUCCAUCCCUUACCUCACGGCUCUGGGUGACCUGCUGGGCACCGGUCUCCUGGCUCUGAGCUUCAGACUGGUCCUGAUGGUCAGUUCUGCAGGGGUUUGAUGCCGACACAUGUACUGUUCAUCAUAUGCAAGAGGCUGAAACGCACCGGAAGGCAAGUCGGAAGAGCACAGGUGGUGUGGGGAAAUGAGCCAAAACCCAAAGGAGAAGGAGAAGGUGAGGGGAUCGGACUUAUUUUGCAUUUCGGUCGAAUUCACCAGCUCAGUGUGUUUCCUUGAGUUUCAUCAGUCUCAAUGUUAAAACCACCAGGCUUGGCUCUGUAGAAAACAUCCAACUAAUGUGGAUGCAGCAAAUGUUGAGACAUGUACUCGUAUCGUCAGCUCUUUAGUGUUAAAUGGCAAAUGAUUGUAUUACGGCAAUAAUAAAAUAUCAUAAAAUGUAAACAUAUUAACUAUAACAGGGUCAAUAUCAGUAUAAGGUGCCUUUGGUGCAGAAUCUGUCA